CCUGCCUGCUGGAGUAUGUACUGUAGCGGAAUUCCCAAGGUGACUGGAUUGCGUGAUCCGAGAAAGGUGAUUGGUGAGAGACAGGCGGAGAGAAGUCGGCGAGGAGGAGGUAUUGAGGCGAAGCGACCAUGGGAGAAACGUGAUAUUGUUGCUCUAAGAGUGUCAUAGACGGAGUGAUUAAAUAAUCGGCUUAGAUUCAUUCGCAUACCCCUCAGUAGCCGUCCUGUUGAAACCUUCCGGUUUUCCUCCUGCACAUAGUUUUACUCGACUGCCCCUCGUUUCUAAAGCUGUUUCGCGGCAUCGUCGGUGCGGCUGCAAUUAGAGGGCCCUGGUUACAAACUGUUUUCCUCUAGCUUAGGCUUUUGUUGAUGUUUUUAACACGCUAGUGUGUUCCACCUUAUAGUACCUAAUGUCCUGGUAGGAUUCUAAUUCCUUUAGGGCUUUUUUUACCUAUUCUAAUUCCUUCAGUAUUCUAAUCCCUUAAUAUUUUACUCCAAGUAUUCUACUCCGUACGCCUCGCUCGGAAUGGCUCGAUCGGAGAUCGAGAUCGACAGCCUUGUCUCCGAUACAAGAGACCUCAGUUCAGCCGGAAGAGACCACAAAGAAUCCAACAAACGGCCGGCUGCAGAGGAGCUGCAGCAGCAGCAACAGCAACAACAACAGCAACAACAGCAGCAGCAGCAACAGCAGCGACAAAGUCAGAACCAGAACCAGCGAUCGGGUCCGGAGCAGCCUGGCGAUGAGGGGGAGGGGGACGAUGAGCGGAGCAAGGAGGAUGUGUUUACGGCUGCGGCGUACGGCGAUCUGGGGAAGCUGCGGCGACUGGUGGAGGAGGAGGGGCAUUCCAUCCAUGCCAGUGAUAAUGGCGGGUACUCCGCGCUGCAGUGGAGCGCGCUGAACAACAAACCCGCUGUAGCCACGUACCUGCUCGAUAAAGGAGCGGACGUGAAUGCCAAGGAUCGAUCGGGACAGACGGCGCUGCACUGGGCGGCAGUGCGAGGUGGCAUUGCUGUUGCUGACGUGUUGCUGCAACGCGGCGCUGACGUGGAGGUCGCGGAUUCGCACGGCUACAGAGCCACGCACGUGGCAGCACAGUACGGGCAAACAGCGUUCCUAUACCACAUUGUGGCUACAUGGGGGGCAGUGGCUGAUUCCACUGACAACGACGGCCGCACCCCCCUGCACUGGGCGGCCUACAAGGGCUUCGCGGACCCCAUCCGCCUGCUUCUCUUCUGCGACGCGUACCUCGCUCGCCCCGACAAGGAGGGGUGCACGCCACUGCACUGGGCUGCCAUCCGAGGCAACCUGGACGCGGUUACCCUAUUGGUCCAGGCGGGCAGCAAGGACGAUCUCACUGCCACCGACUCCACUGGGAGCAUGCCAGCUCAGCUUGCGAGCGACAAGGGGCACCGCCACGUGGCGCUUUUCCUGUCCAACGCCAGAAAGGUGUUUGACGCACGGCACGACACCAAGGGGCUGGCAGGGAAGAUGGCACGAUACGGCCUUGCACCGGCUCUGUGGGCGGUCAUCAUCGGGCUGCUGAUAGGCUUCACCAAUGCUGUUGUCUUCUCCACCACCCUACCGAACAUCACAGCGUCCAUGGCAGCGUGGGCAUGGGCCGUCUUCAUCUGUGCCGGCACUGGAAUGUACUUCCUCUACCGCUCCUCCACGCAAGAUCCGGGGUACGUCCAAUCGUCGCAGCUGCACAGCCCCAGGAAAGAGCAGCAGGAGGAAAUGGUUCCUCUGCGAACAGAUUACAUGGAUCCCGUGCUGCAGUCGGGGCAAUGGUCGCAACUCUGUGUCACCUGCCGGAUAGUGCGGCCCAGGAGGUCAAAGCACUGCUCUAUCUGCAACAAGUGUGUGAAGCAGUUCGACCACCACUGCCCUUGGAUCUCCAACUGCGUUGGCAAGCGCAACAAGUGGCACUUCCUCAUGAUGCUCGUGCUUGAAAUGGCCGCAAUGCUCAUUGCCCUCUCGCUUGCUUUCUCCCGCCUUCUGAAUCUGGAGGGAGCGCCAGCAGCAGGAGCGGGAUGGCUAGCAUAUGUAGCGACACACCACACAGGGGCGUUGGUGUUUAUUAUCGCGGAUGGGUUUAUGCUGCUGUCCGUGCUGGGACUCGUAGUGUCCCAGGGAUCUCAGGUGGCUCAGAACAUAACGACCAACGAAAUGGCAAAUGCCCACCGUUAUGCCUAUUUGCGUGGCCCCGACAACAAGUACUUCAACCCCUUCGACCGCGGCUGCUACGGCAACUGCCUUGACUUCUGGACCACAGGGGAAACCACCGACAGCGAAACUGCUUGGAAGCCUCCCCCCCCUCCCGGCCCGUCAAGCGCGUUUUUCCGGCGGAUUUUUGGGGGCGGGCGGCAGGGGGAGAGAGGGGGCAGGUGCUGUGCUCGUAACCAUGGGCCGGGAGGGGGAGGAGGAGGAGGAGGGGGUGGAGGAAAGGAGUGUGAAGGAGGAGGACUGGGAGGUGAUGGUGGUGGUGAUCGCCCGCAUUCUCACUCACACUCACACCCUCACUCUCACUCUCACUCUCACUCCCACUCGCACGGCAACUCGUCGCUCUCGUCCCUGCUUAGCGUCGUAGCAGCACAAGGGCGGGCACACCAACACACCGGCAUGCCCAUCAACGCAACCAGCACCAGCACCAGCAGCAGCGCCGUAAGCGAGCUAGCUCAUCUACUCAGCACCAACAAGGAUAUCAGCAGCAGAGCAGCAGCAGGAAUGGGGGGGCUUGGCGCUGCUCCUUCUGCUGCUGCUGCCGCUGCCGCUGCUGCUGGUGGUGGUAUAGGAGGGGCUGCCAAGUCGCCUGUAUUCAUUUCUGCUGAAAGCUCGUCUAUUUUCGGCAGCACGGGGCCAACGGGCGGCGCUGCCUCUGGUGCUGGUGGUGGUGGCGGCAGUGUGGGGUUGAGUGAGAGGGCGGGAGAGGCUGGGAGGGGGCAGAGGGGCUUGGCUGGGCCCACGGGGCUAGGGGGCCUGGGCCUUGGUCCCCGCCCUGCCAGAGUGGGGGCAAGGCAGUAGACCAUUGGCCCUGCCUCGUCGGGUUUGGUUUUGAGGGUUUGGCUUUGAAGCAGCCUCAAAGCAGCAGCAACAGCAGCAGCAACAGCAGCAGCAGCAGCGGCGGCAGUUUGGGGUUCAGUGAGAGGGCUGGUCCAACUGGGAUUGCAAGGGGCGCUUGGGUGGGCCCACAGCAGGGCUACGAGGGUUGGGCUGCCAGAGUAGGGGCAGGGCAGAAGAUUGGGUUCAGCUCCAGGCUUGGUCUGAUGGUCUGGUGUUGAGGUAGCCCCGAAGCAGCAGCAGCAGCAGCAGCAGCAGUAUGGGAAGGGUGUGUGAUAAAUCAUGUAGAAGAAACAACAGCAACAUGGCAGGAAAAGCUUCCAGUUGCUUUUGGAACAGCUUCGGGUGUUGGGGAAGCUGUGGGGAGGGAAGGGGGGGGGAAGGGGGGACAUCUUCAAGUGCACCGCCAUACGCGGUUUCUGCAAACGUGUGGCUUCCUCCUAUGGUAGUACCGUACCUAAUAUCUCACAUUUCCUUUGUUCUACAGUAUUUGAUUGAGGCGCCUAAAAAAUCUUAGUACCAUACAUACUACUAGUAUCUCGCAUGCCCAUUGUCCUACGGUAUUGGGCUUUGCAUCACGUGACAUUGCUUGGUCGUGCUGCAUGUGGUUUGCAGUUACAACAGGCCUCAGUUA